GUCAGGAAAAAAGCAUGCAGAAGAAGUAGAAGAUCAUCGUCUCAGACAGCAGAGCCUGGAGGCACCAGAUGAUGGAGGAGACAUUCCUGUGAUCCCUGACUUGGAGGAAGUCCAGGAGGAAGAUCUGGCCAUGCAAGUGGCAGCUCCCCCCAGUGUGCAAGUGAACCGAGUGCUGACCUACCAUGACCUGGACAAAGAUCUAAUGAAGUAUGCUGCCUUUCAGACUCUGGAUGGGGAGGUAGACCUGAAGCUUCUCACCAAAGUUUUGGCUCCAGAGCAUGAACUACGAGAGGAUGAUGUCAGCUGGGAUUGGGACCAUCUCUUCACAGAGGUGUCCUCAGAACUACUGACUGAGUGGGACCUGGGACAGUCUGAGAGAGAGGACCACCUCAGUCUGCCCUAGAGCACUGGCACACUACACAUCUCAUAUAUGCAUCUCCUGUAAAUAGUUUAGCACUUUAUUUUUUUAUUCACUUGUUUGUAUUUGAGAAUUUAUUUCAGACAUGAAAAUAAAUAGGACCUUGCUUCAUA